AUUAUUCGCAGCUUCUUUCUACAUACAUACAUACAUACAUACAUACAUAUAUAUAUAUAUACACACAUAUAAGUAAGUGAAGUUACAUAUCCCUCUCAUCUGUUUGCAUCAACUACUCAAACAGCUAAACAAAGACAAGUUCGUUCUUUCAUCGUAAAUGGGAUCCUUAGAAGUGUCGAAAGAGGCUCAUAAGUCGAAGGGAUUAGAUCAAGACGACGUCUACACCGGCGAUGGAACUGUCGAUUUUCAUGGCCGCCCCGCGAUCCGAGACCAGACUGGAAAAGGGGUUGCUGGAAUUAUCAUACUUGUAAAUCAAGGUCUGGCAACUCUAGCAUUUUUCGGUGUUGGAGUGAACUUGGUGCUGUUUCUUACUAGGGUCCUGCAACAAAACAAUGCCUACGCUGCCAACAGUGUUAGCAAAUGGACAGGAACAGUCUAUAUAUUCUCGCUUGUUGGUGCUUUCCUUAGUGACUCUUAUUGGGGAAGAUAUAAAACUUGUGCAAUCUUUCAGGCCAUCUUUGUCAUUGGUCUGGUAUUGCUAUCACUGACAACACAGAUCUUCUUGCUUAAACCAAGAGGUUGUGGGGAUGAAAUAACCCCAUGUGAAUCCCAUUCAAGCUGGGUGAUAGGUCUCUUCUACAUUUCCAUAUACAUGGUUGCAUUAGGAAAUGGAGGCUACCAACCUAACAUUGCCACAUUUGGGGCUGAUCAGUUCGAUGAAGAGGAUCCAAAAGAGGGCUAUUCCAAAGUUGCCUUCUUCAGCUACUUCUACCUGGCAUUGAACCUUGGUUCACUCUUCUCCAAUACCAUAUUAGGGUAUUUUGAGGAUGAAGGGAUGUGGGCUCUUGGAUUCUGGGCAUCCACCGCCUCUGCUUUUGCAGCGCUUGUCCUCUUUCUUGGAGGUACCAAAAGAUACAGGCACUUCAAGCCCAGUGGCAAUCCGCUUUCCCGGGUUUGCCAGGUAAUAGUAGCAGCAUCAAAGAAGUGUAGGCUAAAGAUUCCACCAGGUGAAGAGAUUUUAUACGAAGCUGAAGGGACUGAAAAAUCAACUGUUGCUGCUAGGAAGAUGCUCCAUACUCACGGGUUCAAAUUUUUGGACAGAGCAGCAUUUGUCACUUCAAGAGAACUCGACCAACUGAAGCAGAAUGAGUACAACCCCUGGCGACUCUGUCCGAUCUCUCAAGUUGAAGAGGUCAAAUGCAUACUGAGAUUGCUGCCAAUCUGGCUCUGCACCAUAAUCUAUUCAGUAGUCUUCACUCAGAUGGCCUCACUUUUCGUGGAACAAGGGGAUGCAAUGAAUACCAAGAUUUCAAACUUCCGUAUCCCUGCAGCAAGCAUGUCUAGCUUUGACAUUGUCAGUGUAGCCAUUGUCAUAUUCCUAUACCGAAGAGUACUCGACCCCCUUGUGCAUAGGAUCAGAAAGAAAGGACUCACUGAGCUUCAGAGAAUGGGAAUCGGUCUCGUUAUAGCAAUUAUGGCCAUGCUCUCAGCUGGAAUUGUGGAGUGCUAUAGGCUAAAAUAUGCUCAGAAAGAUUGCAAGCACUGUCAAGGCUCAAGCUCAUUGAGCAUAUUUUGGCAAGUCCCCCAAUAUGCUCUCAUUGGUGCAUCCGAAGUCUUCAUGUAUGUAGGUCAGCUAGAAUUUUUCAAUGCACAAGCACCUGAUGGACUCAAGAGCUUCGGAAGUGCACUUUGUAUGACAUCAAUAUCUUUAGGAAACUAUGUUAGUAGCUUGCUGGUGUCUAUUGUAAUGAAAAUAUCUACAAUAGAUAACAUGCCCGGAUGGAUCCCAAGAAACCUUAACAAGGGUCAUCUAGACAGGUUCUAUUUUCUCUUAGCGGGCUUGACAGCCAUCGAUUUGAUUCUCUAUAUUGCCUGUGCCAUGUGGUAUAAAAGCAUGAAGCUCAGAGGGAAGUGCAGUGAAAACAAAGAGGACCAGGUUUAUGGAGUCUAAUGGCUGUACUGUGAAGCAAUCAAAUCAAGAGACAAGCAUUGGAACUCCCUCCAAAGCAGUCAGACAGAAUAUGUUCUCAGAGAGGUAAUCGUAUAGGACAGAGAAAUGUCCUAUACUAAAAUACUUCUUAGAUUCUACAGUUCGGGAAUACCUGUCUCAAUGAAAUUAGUCCAUGCAACAUCUAGAGAUGGGGCAGCUAUAUCUGGAAGGUUUUAUUAGAUCUUUCACCUGAUUUUGUUGGUUCUAAUGUAUUAAUGAGAAAGAUCUAUUACAAAGCAAAUACUUUCGUCCAAAUUCAUGUAUGCCUUAAAAGUACAAAUUGCCUGUUUUAGUGUUCUAUCUCAAA